GUGACAAGAUGGCCGAAGAAACUGCAACUCCCCAUUCUGUUAAAGAUGAUGCAGAAUUAGACUCCUCUCCGACUAAGGCUGCAGAUGAAAAUGUUAAAUUUAGAGAUCCUUUGUUAUCAGGUUUCGACCGUGAAAGUGAUGACGAUGGCAUGGAGAGCUUAGACCUGAAUGCUUCAAUAAAAUCGGAUCAAACAGUGUCAAGAAGUUCCAGUCUGAUUGCAAAUUUCAAGUUAGAUGAGGAUGCAGAUGCUGAAACCAAAGAUUUAUUUAUUGUUGUCGAUGAUCCAGAAAAACAUACUAGCACCUUGGAAUCAUACAUAACCUUCCGGGUGCAAACCAAGACCAAUAGAAGUGAAUUUGACGGUGCUGAGCUGAGUGUUCGGAGACGUUAUAAUGAUUUUUUGUGGCUGCGACAAAGGCUGGAAGAAACGUACUGCACACAUCUUGUACCGCCUUUACCAGCUAAACAUAGCUUAAAGAGAUUGGAUCGAUUUAGUCCAGAAUUCUUGAGAGUUAGAGAGGGUGCACUUCAGAAAUUCCUUACACGUCUUGCAGAUCACCCUGUUUUAUCGUUUGACAAGAACUUGUUUGUAUUUCUGACAGCUAAGGCCUGGGAGUUCCAGGCCCACAAGAAACAAGGCUCAGGUAUUUUUUCAAGAGUAACAGAUUCCCUACAUAAUAUGGGAGCCUCUUACAUGAUGAAGAAUCGACCACCAGAAUUUGUAGUUAUGCAUGAAUACAUUCAAACAUUUGGUGAAAAACUUGGUGUAAUGGACAGAAUUUCACAAAGAAUACUGAAGGAGUCUACAGAAUAUUUAACAGAAUUAACUGAAUGGGCACCAUGUUUUAUGCUGUGGGCUAACUCAGAAGAUAAGUUGAAGGCGAGUCUCCUGGCCAUGUCCAAAAAUAUAGAAGAGUGCUGUAAGGAAUUAAAAGACAUGAUUGAUUCUACAGAGGAUGAUUUCGCUCAGCCGUUGAAAGAGUACAUUUUGUAUACAGAAUCUGUGAAAGGUGUUUUAAGAAGAAGAGAUGCUAUGCAGAUGGAGUAUGACAUGAUCGUGGAAGAAUUAGCUAAAAAGAAAGAGGAAAGAGAGCAAAUAAAGACCUCAGAUCAGACCUAUUCUAUUGGGGCUUUCCUUGGUAAAGAUCCAGAAGAUGUUAAAGAAACCAAAAGAGAAAAAUUAGAACAACAAUUGGUAGAUCUCACACAACAGAUGGACAUGUUGAAUGAUAGAUUAGUCGUGGCUAAUGCAGAUUUAAAAGCGGACAUGGAGAGAUGGCAUAUUAACAAGCAACGCGACAUGAAAGAAAUAUUUCUGAAUAUGGCUGAGAGAAAUAUACAAUACUACGAGAGGUGUUUAGAAAAGUGGGAGAAUACAGUUCGUGAUAUACAUCCAAGAAAUGAAAAUGCAGAAGAUGGAAUAAUUGUUUCUUCAUAAUAUUAAUAAAAUGAUGUUGUUAUCACAAGCACAAACUAUUCAUUUAGACCACAAUUCCGAUUUUGUCUUUUAAGUUAAGGAUGAACUACCGUACAGUGGGUAUAAGACAAUAACCACUUGGACUUCACUAUAGUGCAUACCAUUAUUUCAAAUAAUAUACAGGCAAUGUGCCAAUCGUACAUUAUUGUAUAAGAAGAGAUGAAAUAUUGGACUCGUGCGAUUUCAUUGAAAUGCAUGUGCGGGAUAGUGUCUGCGCUUUAAGUUGUUUAAUGGUUUCAAGCAAGACAUUGCAUAAUAAUAUAUUGAUACAACACUCAGUCUGAUUAAAACACAGAUCCUAUUUCGUUUCAUUUUUUAUAGAUUUUUAAAAUUUCGUUUUACUUGUCUUUACUACACUAGGAUCUAGAAGAGUUGUUAUAUUACCGGCGUUUUGGAUGAUGUAAGGGAUUAGCCAAUGUAACGGUCUGUUAUGGAGAUUUUUUGACGUGAGGUACACGGAACUGUGGGUAACCCACUAAGAACAUCAACACUGAUUGCUUAAUCAAAUGUCUGACGUCAUAGGCUCAAAAGCCGCUCGUAUGAACCCUGGCAUGACCUUCCACUUCAACCGGUGAGAUCUUCAUGUAGUAGAGGCUAUCGAAAGAAUUAAGAUCAAAAUGAAAUGAAAUAUAGAUCUGUAUUUUGAUUAGAUUGAUAUAACAAUUAGCGUGGUAUCAACAUAUUACUAAAUGUCUUGCUCUCGACGGUUAAACCACUUAUAUUUGAAUCGUUCUAGUCCUGUAAAUACACCAAGAUUUUUGUAAAAUUGACUUUUAGUUAGGAAAGGGAUGUGUGUGAAAAUGUGUGUCUAUGAAGUUUUAUAGAAGAACUGGAAGCUAAUCAUAUCAAUAGACUGCUAUAAAUAUACACCAAUGAAUGACUUAUGAAUAUUCUAGAUUCAUUAAGACAAAUGAUGUUGAUUAGAUGUAAUUUUUACCAUGCUGUGAGAUAUGGUUAAUUAUGGAAGAAGGUUGAAUAUAUUGUUUAUGAUUUUAUAAUAGGUGUUAAUCAUGUUGUGCUAUAGUAUUUCUUGACUGUAAAUAUUAAAAUGCACCAUUCUGAAUUCAUUAAGAGAAAUGCUGUUGAUAAGAUCUAUUUUUCUCCAUUGUGAGAGAGAGGUGGUUUAUUCCAGAAGAUGGUUGAAUAUAGUAUGAUUUUAUAGGAUGUUUAUCAUGCUGUGCUCUAUUUCACUGACUAUUUCUUGAAAUUCACAGAAUAUUACCAUUCAGAUGGUUAAUAAAAUACAUGUAUGCAGUCACACCACAGUUUUAUUAAUACAAGUUUGCAUCAGAUAAAUUUGAUAGUUACAUGUAUUAUGUCAAAGGCACGUAAUUAAGCGUCAGGCCUGGAAAUAGCAGUUUUAGAUGUACCUGACAAAAUGUCAGAUACUAUAUAAUGAAAUAGUACCUGACAUUUUCAACUUAGUGCUGGACAUGUAUUAAUAAUGUCAAUAAAAAAGACAAAUCAGUGCUGGACAAAAUGACAGGCACCAGAGGUUUUGUGCCUGACAAAACCUGAAUCUGUGCCUGACAUUGUCUGUGAAAGGUGCCUUAUUUCCAGGCUUGUUAAGUGUGUAAUAAUUUUUGAAGUGAUUGAAACAAAUUUGUGCUUAUUUGUCUGAAUAAAUGAAAUGGGGUUUAACAUCCUACUUUUCUAUAUAGACUCAGCUAAUGAAGACAGAAAUACAUCAUACAGUUUUGGCCAGACAGUGUCACUAAGGCAUCCUAUUAAUCGAAUUCCAAUUGUCAAUGUGUACAUUGGACCUUGGUUUUUCAUCCUACCCGAACGACUACACACGGUUUCAGCUAAAUAUAUCGUACUUAUACUUAUUAAAUGUGAUAAAAUUGAUGUUAUAAAUUAUUUUGUUUUUUUUCAGUAACAUUUUUAUUUCUAUUAUGUGUUUUAACAUACUAGGAUUUCAUGCAAUAUUGACAAUAGAUGUCUAUAAAUAGAUUUUUAUUCAAUAAGGGACUGUUUCAAAAUUUUGACACUUGCUUCCAAACAAAUAUCUUGUGGAUAGAUAGUCAACACCCCCUGUGACCCUGCCCCACUCCAACCUGUCCAUCGAUAUUCAACAACCCCUGCGACCCUGUCCCAUCCCCACCUAUUCAUCGAUAUUCAACACCCCCUGCGCCCCUGCCCCACCCUCACAUGUGCUAAUAGAGUUCGAAAAUGUUGAAAUUUCUGUUCAUGAUUCAAUAAACAACCGAUAUUUAUUUUAUUAUUUUCUAUCUGCUGUGUCAUUCAACCACCCAUCCAGUUUCACGGGUUAUACAUUUGGACGCAAGUGUUGAAGUUUUGCGACAGUCCAGAAUGUGUUUUUCACCAAUAGAUGUAAUUUAUUAAAUAUUAAUCUAUGUACACUGUAUGCAUCAUGGUAAUGUGACAAAAUAUACACCAGUAUAUCAGUAUGGAUGUAAAAAAAUUGAAUUUCACAUGUUUGUUGAUGGAUUAAUUAAAGAUACAUUAUGUAAGAUUUAGAUCAAGAGCUAGCCAUUCUUGCUAUAAUAGUUCGAAAAUGGAUAAUGUAAAAUGAAUAAUUUGAAAAUUUUAUUCAAAUUACUCUAUUGUGAGUGAAGAUAUUAGCCUUUAAAGGUUUGACAAGAUGUGUGCAAUAAUUUCAACCAUCGUACUGGUUGCUUGAAGCUAAGUCUCGCUCCUCCAUUUUUAGCUUAAAUCAAAAUAUGGCUGAACUGUUCUAAUCUAUUUAAUAUUGGAGAAAUCCGAUGCCAUCGAGAGUUGAAUAUGAGCUGGAUAAGUUAAUUAAUGUAAUUAAUGUCUAAUUAAUAAUUUAGAUAACAUAUCAAGAAAGACCUGCAAUAGGCAGAUUUAGCUCUUGCAUAAUGUAUGUUUAAUGUAUGUAUACAUCAUAGUAAUGUGACAAAAUAUAUGUCUAUAAAUCAGCAUGGAUGUAAAAAAAUUGAAUUUUGUUGAUUGAAUUAAAUGUGCUACUUGUUAUUGUAAUGUGACCAAAAUUUAUGGAUAUAAAAAUAUAAUGUGCUUACUUGUUAAUUAAUUGGUAUAUAUAUCAAAUGUUAUGUUUAUUGAAAUAAAUAUGUUGAUGUGUAA